AUGAGCUCAUACCGACCAUCAUACCCGCCUCGACGAGGCAAUGCCAGGGAUGACCGCAAUCGUGGUCGCUAUGAUUCCCGCCCAUCGCAUCAUCAGCCGCCACCACCUGGAGCUGGCGACAAUUGGCGCAACCCGUGGCCCGAGGACCGUGAGUACCGCCGCCGCCAUUCAAGAUCGCGAUCUCCACCGCGGCAUUUCGACCACUAUGAUUCUUACAGAGGAGGCAACGAUAUAGGCCGAAGAUCAGGGGCCUACGAUGGCUACAGACCCGAUACUAGACCCCCUCAGGGUGACUUCACCUUCCGGAUGGAUAAGCCCUCCGGCGUCGGCGACGCCGCCAGCGGAGACUCAUAUCGCCCUGGCGCAUACCAGGGCAAUGAUCGACGAAGAGCACCACGCGCUCGCGGAGGUCCGUUUCGUGGCCGCGGUAGGGGCGCGUACCAGAAGAUCAUUCCGGCCGAGCGCGAGCUCUUGCGCACCCGUCGCGAUGGAGUCGACGAGAACCUGGUCAACGAGGAGGGUGGCGGUAUAGUGUACCGAGACGUGGAUGAGCUUUCGGACGACGAAGAGGCCGACAUGGACAUUUCUGACAACUCUGAUGACGAAUCUGGUGAGCCUUCAAGCAAGCGCGCGCGCCGCGCUGGCAACGACGAAUCGGGCAACAGCGUCCCGAAAUGGUCAAAUCCAGACCCGUACACCGCCCUUCCCCCGCCUGAUGCAGCCGAACGCAAGAAGAAGGACAUGGUCAAGAUGAUUCGGAAGGCGCGAGUUGACGAGACUGCUGCAGACAAGCUCAACGCCAGCACAGAGGCUGAAGAAUUCAUUUCCUUCGACCUCGACGGACCUGACGACAAGGAAGACGGCGAAGAGGAAGAGAUCAUUCUUCCUCCUUCAGACCCGCCCUCGCCUCCCUCUCCUCCCCCUCCUCCCCCUUCUGGUCCUGCGCCUCCUCUGCAAUCCUCAUCCAACGCCUCUAGAAUCGCUCCCAGUGGCCCUCGUUCCGACCGCGACAUUCCACCUGCCGCCAACGGAUUGGCAGCCUCAACAGCGCCAUCCACGCCUGGCAAGCCUUUCAAUUUACCAGCCAAGCCCGUUGCGGCCAACGACGCUCUAGGCUCCCGCAAGCGCACUGCCGAUGACCACAUCAAGCCCCCCACGUAUGGUCCGCUGAAGAAAGUGAACAAAAUGCCUGUGGGUGGUGCCAUCUUGCCUGAGUGGAGGGUGACCAAGGGCGAGGACUCUACGCCGUGGAUCGAAGCAGACCAUUCCAAGACCUCGGAUAUCAGCGUUUGGCUUCACAAGGAGAUUGUCGACUUCUAUGAGGUCGUACGGCCUCGUGACUUUGAGCAUGAAAUGCGAACACGGCUUGUCGAGCGGCUACGCCAAUCUCUCAGAACUAGUAACUACUACAGGGAUUGUGACGUUCGCCCGUUUGGCUCGUACAUGUCUGGCCUCUACUUACCCACGGCUGACAUGGACUUGGUCAUUUGUGAAAAGAACUGGCUGAACGGUGCUCAUUCCACCUUUUUCGGCAUCAAGGCCUUGAGAGCCUUUGGCAAGUUCCUCUCGGGCAAGCGGUUGACCCAUUACAACAGCAUGGAGUUCAUUGCAAGUGCCAAGGUCCCUCUUGUCAAGUACAUUGACAAUGAGACUGGCCUCCGGGUCGACAUCUCUUUCGAUCGUCUGGAUGGUCCCCAGGCCGUCAAGACAUUCAUCGAGUGGAAGGCUCAGUAUCCAGCCAUGCCAAUCAUCGUCACCAUGGUCAAGCAUUUUUUGGCUAUGCGCGGAUUAAAUGAGCCCGUCAACGGUGGCAUCGGAAGCUUCACUGUCACCUGCAUGGUUGUCAGCAUGCUGCAGCUCAUGCCUGCUGUUCAAAGCCGCAAUCUCGUUCCCGACCACCACCUUGGACAGAUGCUCAUGGAAUUCUUCGAUCUCUACGGAAACAGGUUCGACUACGUCAACACGGCAAUCCGAUUGAACCCUCCAGGUUAUCACCGAGUUCAUGAAGUCGUUUACAAGAACUUCGACCGCAUCUCCGUCAUCGAUCCGAACAAUCCCGCCAAUGACAUUUCUGGCGGCUCUAGUAACGCUGGCCGAAUCCUGGAAGAGUUCAGCAUCGCACACGAGAUGCUGAAGAAGAGAAUGGGUGAACUUGCACAGGCGGGAUCCCGCGCCAGGAGACCUGCCAGCAUACUCGAGACCAUCUAUGCUGGUAACUACUCUUCGUUCCGUCACCAACGCGCGCACCUGCGCCAGUUGUACGACUCAAGAUGA